AUGUUGCGAAUUCUGCCCUAAAAAUAGAUUGGUCCUCUCGUUUUGGUCUGUGAAGUUCAACUCUUCUUCUUCCGAAGUUCUCUACUGUCUUCCAUUACAUAUCUAGGCAAAGUAAGAAGCAAGAUAAUUUUUUUACAACCAUGUCUUGGAACAAUGGAAUGAGGUCCUGUGCGAAGUUGUUGAUGUCUUCAGAAGCAGCUUUGCAAGCAUCAGCAAAGAGAGGGUUCCACUCAACUGGAGUGAAGAGAAUGGGAGGAGGACAUGGUCAUGAUGAACCGUAUUACAUGCAUGCUAAGCACAUGUAUAACUUGGACAGGAUGAAACACCAGAAGCUAACAAUGUCUCUUGCAGUGGCCACUGCCUUCAGCAUCGGUGUGGCCGUUCCAGUCAUUGCCGUCAUAUUCCAGCAAAAGAAAACAGCUUCUGGUUGAGAAUCCCACUUUCUGAAUGCAAUAAAAGAUGCAGUAGCUCCUGUCGUUUGGCCAGGUUUCAUUUUGUUUGAAAAUUGACAAAUUGCCUCUCGCAAGUUUGUAUUUCUUUACUCAAAUGGAUGACUGAUUUGAAAGUCAAAUGCAUUGGACAGACCUACAUUUAUAAAAAGCUUGUGCUGAGAUCGUUAAAAAGGCACUAUUGAUCGGCUUGGUGUGAUUGUUAUGCCUCA